AUGGAGACCGGCGAGACCGGCCCACCCCCACCAUCGGCGUCCGCGGCGACGAGCGUCCCGAUUGGGACAAAGGAGACGCAAGUCCCUAUCGCCGCCGCGACCUACGCCACCGCCGCGAUUCAAAAGACCAAGCAGACUCCCGAGCAGCAGACCCAACAACAACACCGUGCCAAGGCUUUGACCCAAAUGUUCGAAGUCAUGGGUGCUGUACCGGGCAAUCGCACCGACCGGUGGUUGCAAGCCACCUUCGCCACCGACGAGUACCCUGUCGCUACCGCUACAUCGCUCAAGUAUUCGGCUCUCAACGCCAAUCGAUCCAUUCGAAACAUCUUCGACUUUGCUCUCGACGUCACUUUGACCGUCCAAGGCGCCUCGAAGGCCUCUCCCGCGGACAAGGCCGAUCUGCUCGGUUGCGUCACGAGACUGCUCUCCCCGCAAUCGCCCCUGUGCUUCGACGCCGAGGUCACCCUUCCCGAGCACCUUGCGGCGUUUGCGCCCCAGAUUAGGGGUAUCCAACACUCGUCUUUCGUCAGGGCCGGUGUGGUCAACCACCGUAUCUCCGUGGGAUUCGUUUCGGCGAAGGCACGUGACUCGGCGCUUACGGCCCCACUGGCGCUUACUUGGCACUCUGCAAAGGCUCACUUCGCAAAGGCCCACCACUUCUACCACAACAUGGUCGAGCUGCGUAUCAACGUCGGUGUCGCAGCGGUCCCAUCCAGGGAUGCCAUUGUUGACUCUUUUAAAUCAAUUGUCACCAAAAUCACAGCCAAGGGACACCGUUGCGAGCUGGUACAAGUCUUGCGCGUGAUCCACGUCGAUAACGACUCGGCCUAUGCGCACUUGGCCGGCGAGUUUUCGGCCUUUAUCCGCUUCGACGACGACGCCCUUUUCAAAGCCCCUAACAACACGCUGAAGGAGCUCCUACCGUCGAAGGUCUCUCUAGCCACUAGAGGCAACAUGCAUACGGCGGUUCGUCACGACUACGAACGAGAAGCGGCCUGUGCUCGGUGCCACUUUGUGGGGCAUGUGGAGACCUGCGCGCUGGAACAGGAGAGGAGGCAGAAGGAAGCGAACAACAACACCGGAAGGCACAACAAGUACCACAACAACCCAACCAACACCAACAACAACAACAACGACACCACCAACACCAACAACACCGACAACGACGCUUCCGAGGUUGUGGCCCCUAGCCGCGCCCUCGGAACCGACCAACUCGAAUCGCGGAACCGAUUUGCGGGGCUCGAGGUCGAAGGAGGACAGGAGGAUGACGUCGAGGAGGAGGAUGCAGGAAAGGAGGGCGAGGAAAAGGAGCAGGUCGAAGAAGGAGACGAGGAUACGGGCGCCAAGGCGGACGACGAGGAUUCGGACUCGGAUGGGAACACCGGAGCGGGCAUCGACAAGGCGGGAGGCGACGACAAGGACGACGACAAGGACGAACAGGACGACAGCUCGGAGGGAAGCGAACAAAGGGAGGACGAAGGAAACGAUGGGGAUGACGUGAUGAAAGAUGGAGCAGAGGAGGAGGACGAAGGGACGGAGACGGAGGUGGAAGAAGAGGUCGAGCAGGAACAGGGGGUACAGGACGACAGCAUCAUGAUCAUCGACGACGACCAAACGACGAUCACCACGGUUUCCCGCGAGUCGACUCCUCGGAGUCCCUCGUGGCCUCCACUAUCUCCUGAGACGUUGGCAAAGUCGCUGCGCGAGGGUGCGGAGUGGGACCGAGCUAACGCCGAAGCUGCUGCACGUGUCCAAGCAGAAAAGGAGGCGAUCAUCAACGCCCAACUCGACGCGGAGGAACCGCUCGUUCGCCACCAAUUUGCAGAGUGGGGUCAGGAAGAUGGACAACUGCGAUUCAUCAACAUUCGUGGCACCGGCUCCGGGUCGAACAAGAAGAUGAAGAGGUCGCAAACGGUGGCCGAUCUCAGCGAUCCGAGCGACGACCCGGUCGAUAUCAAGCGCGUUCUGAACAGGGUCAAAGGUCGAGCAGGAAAGGAGGUAGCGGGUCAGGGGAAGAGGGUGACGAGGUCGAUGUCGGCGGCGGCGGCGAUGCAGGUCGAGGGGGCCAAGGCGAAAGCGGAGAAGGGUAAAGGGGUGGAGGAGGAGAAGCGCUGGUCCGACCACGAGCCCGAGGAUGACAUUCUCCCCGAAUUCCCACUCUUUGAGGACGACACUACCGCCAAGAGCACGUCUACAUCGUCUAUCCAAUAAUGAUCAAGCACACCAUCACCAGCUGGAACGUGAGGAGGUGCAUGGGGAUCCCGGAAAAGCGACGCAACAUUUACACCUAUUUAUCAACAUUCAAAGCAUCCGCCAUUCUACUACAAGAACACUUCAUCAAACCGGAACUCUGGCAAUGUAUCAAGGACGAGUACGAGGGCAAGGUCUUCAUCAGCAAACACUGUCUGACUCUGAUCCCCGCCGACUCGCCCCUGAUCGACGCCGAGAUUUUGCGCACCCACUCGGCACUCGACGGACGAAUCCUGGUCACCUCCUUUCGACUUCGAGGCGACAUCCGGAUACUCGAGAUCAACAACAUUUACGCACCAGUCGAUACAAAACAACGACUCACAUUCUUUGACAAACUACAUUUCCACAGGACGCAGAGCACCCACCUUCGACUCCUCGGCGGCGAUCUCAACGACUGCCCGCUGCCGGCGAUCGAUCGGCGGAACCAAGGUCGGCACGGCCAUCACUGGCCGAUCCUGAUCGGCAAGCUCGACUCGCCCUACACCGACUGCAUACGAUUCAAACACCCGCUCACACCAUCUUUCACUCGACCCAACAUCGUCCGCAAGCGACCAAAGUCCUUUUCACGACUUGACUACUUCCUUCUGCAGCGCACCCACCAAAAGCGACUCGUCCAAGCCUCGACGAUCUACGACCACCCCAAGGACCUUUCGGAUCACCGACCGGUCUCGAUCGUCCUAGUUCUCUCGGAUGAGCGAGGAGACGCGGCUCAACCCAACAAUAGUUUACCAACGACAUCAAACCAAUUACAUCGUAUCAACGCGGCGACCUUCAAGACGGCGGAGUUCCAGGGGAUGUUGGAAGGAUGGUUGGAAGGAGCGAGUGGGGAGGAACCGGUGGGGGAGCUCGAGGUGGUGCUGGGGAACUGCGCGAAGGAGGGUCGGGAGCUGGCGAGGAGGGAGCAUCGGGAGCGGGUGGAGCGGAUGGCGGUCUUGGUGGGAAGGGUGCAGGAUCUGGAGGCAUUGCCGGUGAUGGGGGACGAGGAGACGGCCGAAUGGACGCGGACGACGGAGGAACUUAGGCGAGCGGUCAACGAGCGCGCGCGCCAACUUCGGAUCCGAGCCCACGUACCCGAAAUCGCUACCGAGGAACGACUGGAGCGGCCGGUCCACGCCAAGCUCGCGGCACGGAGUUCGGAUUCCAAGAUCACAGCACUGCGAUUGCCCAACGGAGAGCUGACACAUGACAUUGACGUCGCGCUUGACCACACACAGGCGCACUUUCAGCGCCUCUACGAUCUCGAGCCGCGCGAUCGGGACCACGUCGAGCGACUUAGGGACGAUUUCUUGGCGCCGAUCAGGUCGGCGCGCACUUGCGACGACCCGAGCUCGGACCCGCUCUUUCUGCGACGACUCUCGGAAGCGCACAUCGAGCUGCUGCAGCAACCCAUCACCGAGGACGAGGUCGUAGCCGCAAUCGCAACAACACACCCCGGUCGAUCGCCGGAUCCAUCUGGCGUGCCCUACGAGCUCUAUCACACAGCGCCGCGGGCGUGGGCCAAGGCGCUGAGCAGGGCCUUCAACGCGAUGACCGAGCGCGGCUCGCUUUCACCGAAGCAGGGGCAAGGACUCGCUCGCCUGCUCUUCAAGCACCACAAGAUUGGGGCCGAUCGCGCCGAGCUCUCGUCGUACCGGCCCAUCACCUUGCGCGAGUGCGACUACAAGCUCUUCACCAAGGUCUACGUUGCGCGACUCAACCACGUGCUGCCGGACCUGCUCCCACCGCAACAGCACGGCUUCGUCAAGGGCCGCCGAUCGGCGGACGCGUCAUUCCACCUGCGACUCUUGAUCGAAGAGCUGGGCGCGCGCGGCACCGAGUUCCCUGACGCGGCGCUCUUGUCUCUUGACCAAUCGUCGGCUUACGACCUCGUCGAGCACGAAUGGAUCUUCGCCAUCUUCGACGCUCUCGGCGCUCCUGCCGCCUUCCAACGCGUUCUGAGGAUGCUCUACUCGGGUGACUCAACCACGGCGCGAUAUAUCAUCAACGGCUUCUUGACUCCGCCGGUGCGGCUGACGUGUGGGCUCGGCCAAGGGGACCCGGCGUCGUCGUCGGUCUGGGAUGUCGUGUUCCAGCCGUUCCUGGAUGCUCUGCACCGUCGAGGCAUCGCGCUGAACCUCUCGCUUCCUACCAUUCACCCCUACCCACAGAGCCGCGCCAUUACAUCCCUUGCGUUUGCCGAUGACGUCGUCGUCGCCGUCGCGGGCUCGGAGUCACUCAACUUGCUCGACGACCUGGCGCUCGACUGGAGGCUCGCAACCAAUGGCCGGCUCAACACCGACAAGACCGUCGUACUACCCAUCGGGUGUCGCUGGGAGGCUGGCGAUCGUCCGCUCGUUGUCAAGGCCGAGGGCGAGUCGCUCGAGUGGAUCGGCCUAUCUUUCGACCCCACCGGCAACACCGAACUCGCCAACGUGAAUCUCGUCGCACGGCUCGAAGCGGUGCUCGAUUCGGCACGGGACCGAGGGCUCACACACCACACCCGAGCGUUCUACGUCAACCGAUACGCCAUUCCCAAGAUUCUGCACAUCCUCUCCGCCGACAUCCCACCGCUCGAGGUCGUCAAGGAGCUUGAUCGCAUUCUCGCCGACUUUGUCCGCGGCGGCAAGAGGAGGUCGUGCUAUGGCAAGGACGUCGUCUUCACACCGAGGUUCAAGGGGGGUCUUGGGGUCAUGCGGAUGCAGGACGUCGUCGACUCGGUUGCGGCACGCGUCUGGGACGUGCUUCUUGGCGGUUCGGAUGCGAUCUGGCAGGGACUUGCGCGCGCGGCGAUUGUACGAGCCCAUCCCGCCCCCGACUUUGACUUGGCAACCGAUGCGUGGCCUUGCGACUACACUCCGAUCCGAACCGAUCUACACCCAAGAUGGCAGGCCGUGCUGAAGGUACCAUCGACGCACAAUGCGCAGGUCAAGCCGAGGACGUUGACGCUCGCGAACCUUCUCGCUCUUCCGAUCAAGUUGCACACCCUUCACUACCUACCGGGAGCACCAGCUGUGUCGCGACCACCCUACGACGCCGACUAUGCUGCGUUUGCCAUUUACGCCAAGGUAGCGGACCUGUUUCGACGCGAGCUGUACCCGGGCGGGGGCUUUCAUCUCUGGACGCCGCCGACGGAUGUGGUCGUCAGCAACAGCGAAUACGAUCAACGGGGCCGCCCACAACGAGAGCACAUCGUGGCAUGGUACCGACAUGCGAUCAAUCGAUUGAGGUUCACACCAAUAGCUCAACCGGUGGCGGCAGUACGAAUCAACGGGCCUCCCCGAGUCCGCCCCACCACGCCGCUCGAGUCGAUCCUGCCCCAUCCGAUCGACCCGCCGCAGCGCCUUCCGAGACCGGCUCUCCCAGACCAAUCAACACAAUACAACUUGCUCAGCAUGGAUCGGCCAUACACCAUCCGUCGCGUCCGCCGAGUCUUGAAUGCAAAGGCCUUCACCGACACGAUCGGUUUCAGGGACUCGCUGCAGCCCGACGAUCUCAAGGGAUUCUGGAAGGGGGUCAACUCGAAGGCAUUGACGGCGAGGGAACGCGAGGUGUGGUUCAAGCUCGUCAGGAACUUCACCCCGACUCGGAGUCUGCAGUUUCAUCAAAAGCACGACGACUCGCCCGCGUGCCUCGUCUGUGGAGCGCCCAAGGACGAUCGGGAGCACUACUUCUUCGACUGCGUUGACUCUAGGAACGUUUGGAUCGCGGCAAGGGGCGUGCUCUGCGACGCACUGGGGCUCGACACGAUCGACAACACGCAUUACACGGCCGUUCAACGCAUGUUCGGACUUCCGAAGCUCAAGGCCAGUCUGCGCGAUCAAGAAGGAGCGGGGAGGACGAUCGAAAUAUUCACCGGGCUGGUCUUGGAGAUGAUCAGCAGCGGGAGGUGGGGGAUGCAGAAGUGGGGGACGAGGAUGGAGGGUGUUGGGAGGAGGAGGAUAAUCUUGGAGGAGAGGUUGAAGCUGAGGGCGGGAGGAGCUUGGGGGAGGAGAAGGCAGUAGAGGCUGGGUUCGACUUUCCCCCCACCACCACACACACACCAAAUUCUCGUGACAUCAUUUUCUCCUACUGUACACUAAAUAGCUCGCUUUCCUCUUUCUUUUGUUACAGGUUCACCGUUGCGGAUCAUGGACCAUCUCGCGAUUUGGCGUCGACUCGGUGUGGCUCGCGCUCUUCGGCUUCGGGGUUCUGAGUCAAGGGAGGGAUCAGCGGACACAGGCAGAAAGUCGGCUUUGAGGGGCCAGGGACUGCCGAGGGGGAGGUUUUGAGGGACCUUCACCGCGUCUUGUUGUGACUGAGCAGAGACUUGGAGCGUCGAGGGUCGUGGUGGUUGCGCAGUCGUGCUCUUGUCUUCGUCUCGACCGAGUGGGAAGUGGCUGUGGGGUGGGCCUUCUGUCGUUAGUACAUUUCUUUUCUUUCUCUUUCUCUUUCUCUCUCUCAUUCGUCUCCUGGGGGGAGCAACCGCUUGGCUAGGGCAUUUGAAUCCGAAUCUCGGAUUGGUGGACUUGGCUCGUUUCUCGCACUUUUGCGGGCGGUUUGUGUUAUCAUCGUAGUCUUCCAUCUAGUUUUUCCGUAGGCCGAAACAGGGGGAACAGGAAUUGGGGGCAAUAUGAUGAACGUUUUCUACAAAAAAAAAAAAAAAUCCUUUGAGUAUUGAUGGCAGUGCAGGCUGUGAUCCUGACAGGCAGACCUUGCUGUCAAAGAUCACGUUCAAGGCACUCGACACGGUCCGACAUGUCCAUCCUUGCACCCCUGCAUUCACUCGUCCUCACUACCGUGGUAGAGGGGAAGAGCGAAAGAUUUGCUCGUGGUCGCGGAUCGACUAUAUUCUUGUCCAAUGCAGUUGGGCGAACCGGUUGUUGAGCGCUUCUACGCUCUUCGAUGCGCCCUGUUCGGACCACAGACCUGUAGUUGCGACUUUCGCUUUGCCUACAUCGAACGCUGAUGCCGAACCCCCCCUUUCUCUUCCCUCCAUGAGCGAUUUCAUUUCGAGGCUCAACCCAAUGGUCUUUGACGAUCAAGACUUUGUCGCAUCGAUUCCCGGGGUUGUCGACGAGGUCUAUCUGUCAGGAUCACAGCCUGCACUGCCAUCAAUACUCGAAGGAAGUCUCCCAAGUUUGCGGCCGGAGUCGACAUCAGCUACCGGUUUGUUCGUUGCAAGCAUUGUCGGCGCGAUGGCGUAGUUGUGAGGGCGCGCGGGCGCGCACUCAGUGGUCGAGGGUUCGAUCCGCCCGGAGCGCGAUCUGCCUUUUGGUUUCUUUUCCCUUUUUUGUUAUCCGAGGCCCGGCUUCGGGGUUUUUACCGGUGCCUGGCGGGCAAUCCUUUUUACCCCUGAAGCGACCUCGUGGUGUAGUUAUUUGACUCAGUCUUUCCUUCGCUCGGAGCACUUCCCUCCCUUUGCUUUUGCCACCUUUUCCCCAGAGCUUGGUCAACUCUUCUAGACUCGUACCCUCCCUCUUUUUACCCAUUUCGCUGGCAAUUAAGUCCGUUACACUUGAUUUGCUGCGAAGCCUUCCGACCGAAUCCACUCCUCGGUUGCUCUCGGUCGACUGCCGCCGCCCAGUCGACUCGACCUUCCCAUCGGCCUGGUCAGCUAUUUCUUGGAUCAUUUGCCCUCCCUCUUCUAUCCGACCUCGUUGGCCACCAUAGUUCGGUACACUGGACUUGCUGCGAGCCUUGCAGCCGCGUAUCCUCCGCGGUUGCCUCUCGGUCGACUGCCGCCGCCUCGGUCGACCCCCCCUUUCGCUCCUUCGCGCUUUCGCGCGCUCUCUCGCUCUCUCCCUUGUCUAUCGCGUGUAGUCAUCGUCAUCCCCUCCGACGUUGCCUGUCACUAUCGAAGGCUCGAGGGGACCGCUCCGCUCGGCGACGUCUAUGACGCCGCUCUGCGGGCGGUUGCAGUCGCUGGCCAUGCACGAUACCGCUCGACUCGUGCCGACAUGCGCCGACUGCGGGCCGAGAGCCAAUCCGUCAUGGAGGCUUUGGAGGCACGCGGUGAGCACAUGAAUGAGGCCGAGCGCGAUGCGUAUGCUCUUGCCAAGUCGCGGUUGGACCAGUUGGCGGUAAAGUGUUGA